GUGGCGUUUGCAGAAGGGUUUGGUCUCCGUCAUCGCGCUGCAAAAGCGAGAGAGCGAAAGCGACAAGGAGGGAGAGGAAGAGGAGGAGGGGGGAUGAAGGGGAGGUGUAACACAUCCGACGAGCCGGCUGCAAUGGGCCUCAGCUAAUCCAAACCCUUCGGAGGACCUGCCUUCCCGCUGCCACCGCCGUGGGUCAGAAGCUCCUUGGAUCCGGUUCUCUCCCCGCCGCCCCCGCCACCGGGGGACCACAUUUUUCCCUGACACACAAUGAGCGCCGCCUGGUAGAGAAGAAGCGGCGUGCCGCCUUGCCCCUUUCGGGCUCUCGCGAUGUGAUCCUGCUGCAGCUGCUGGAGGGGAAGGAGGAAGAGGAGGCAAGGUGGACCGGGGGCGGAGGAAGCCCGAGGCUAUGUGGUGUCAGCGACACCAGAAGAUUUGGUGAACCAUGAUGAAGACUGAGUCCCAUAAUAGUCCUGGGGGCAGUGGCACUAGCAGCAGUGGGGGCAGCACCGGCGGUGGGAAUGGGGCUGGAGGCAGCCUGAGGAGCGCCUCGCCUCACCGGAACGCCUACGAAGCUGGCAUCCAAGCUCUGAAGGCCUCCAAGGAUGCCCUGGGCCAUGCUGACAGUGAGGAGGCCAAGAAAGCCAGGAACAAGAAGUAUGGGUCCAACGUCCACCGGAUCAAAAACAUGUUCCUGCAAAUGGGCACUGCGCCGCCACCAGGGGAGGGAGCGGUUGAUCUGGCCAAGAUGAAGGAGAAGCCGGUUCGGUUGUCCUUGCCCCGGGCCAGCAGCCUGAACGAGAAUGUAGACCACAGUGCAUUGUUGAAACUGGGCACCAGCGUAUCGGAGAGGGUGAGCCGGUUUGACUCCAAAACAGAUAAGCCAUUGUCCAAGCUCCAGGAGACACGGAAGAUCUUCGAGAAGAGCCUCCAGGAGAAGGAGACCACCAACAAACUGCUCCUGCGGAAAGAGAGAGCUGGCUUCCAGGACCGGAAGCUGGAUGUGGUGGUGAGGUUCAACGGCAGCACCGAAUCCCUGGACAAGCUAGACACAGAGGCUGUGUCUCCCACUGUAAGCCAACUCAGUGCUGUCUUUGAGAAGGCUGACCUGAGGAAUAACCUCCAUAAAGCCCCUGGCAAAGUUGGGCCUCUCAACUCCAAGAUUGUCAGCAAAAGGUCCAGGGUUUUCCUCCAGGCUCCGGAAGGAGGUGCCAAGGUGGAAACCAGGAGUAGUGAUGGGCCUACGCUGCAAGUGAGAGCAAGGUUGCCUGAGACUGAUAAAGGCCAAAACAAGCUGGUCCCUGGUGGGUCAGGAGCAGCGAAGCCCGGGGACAAGGACUCCAGCACAGGGCUACGUCCUCAGAAGGUCCAGGAGGUGCGCAAGAUCAAGCCUGUGGAAGUGGAAGAGAGUGGAGACUCUGAACAGGAAUUUGAGGCAGCUGAGGUGGCGGUGGCAGCAGCAGUGGCAGAUGAGAACAGCAAGGCCUCUAAGGAGCCUGACCCUCUCAGGGCAGAGGUGAUUCAGGCUGAGGUCACGGUGCAUGCGGCCUUGGAAAAUGGCCAGCUGGGUGGUGAAAGAUACCUAGAAACUCCAGGCCCGUUGGCAGACACUUACUGUGAGGAAUUGGCCAAGGCCGAGGGACCAGAGGAGAACGACCUGGGUGAUGAGUCUAAGAAGGAGGACUUCUCUGAGGCUGACCUGGUGGACAUUAGUGCCUACAGUGGACUGGGGGAGGACUCGGGAGGGAGUGGGCUGGAUGAAGAUGAGGACGGUGAUGGACUGUAUGCACCGGAAUCCAGCUGUGUCGAGAUCCCUGGGUUGUCAGAAGAGGAUGAGGCUGUCCCUAAUCGCAAGAUCCACUUCAGCACAGCCCCAAUACAGGUUUUCAGCACUUAUUCCAAUGAGGAAUAUGACCGUCGAAAUGAAGAUGUUGAUCCCAUGGCUGCCUCAGCAGAGUAUGAACUUGAGAAGAGAGUGGAAAGGCUAGACCUCUUUCCUGUGGAACUGGAAAAAGAUUCUGAGGGUCUUGGGAUCAGUAUUAUCGGAAUGGGGGCUGGAGCUGAUAUGGGUCUAGAAAAACUUGGCAUAUUUGUCAAGACUGUGACGGAAGGAGGAGCAGCUCACCGAGAUGGCAGGAUCCAGGUGAAUGACCUGAUCGUUGAGGUGGACGGUACCAGUUUGGUGGGCGUGACUCAGAGCUUUGCAGCCUCAGUGCUAAGGAAUACCAAGGGUAGAGUCCGGUUCCUUAUUGGCAGGGAGAAGCCAGGAGAACAGAGUGAAGUGGCACAACUGAUCCAGCAGACGUUGGAACAAGAACGGUGGCAGCGAGAAAUGAUGGAACAGAGGUAUACCCAAUAUACAGAGGAGGAUGAAGAAACAGGAGAAUAUGCUACAGAUGAAGAUGAAGAGAUGAGCCCCAUGUUCCCCAACAAUGAGAUGGCCAUUGAGGUUUUUGAACUGGCUGAAAAUGAAGACAUGCUGUCUCCAGUGGAGAUGGAUCCUGAAAAGCUAGUGCAUAAAUUUAAGGAGCUCCAGAUCAAGCAUGCUGUGACUGAGGCUGAAAUACAGCAGCUGAAAAGAAAGCUACAAUCGAUCGAACAGGAGAAAGCUCGCUGGCGCGUUGAGAAAGCCCAGCUAGAACAGAGCGUGGAAGAAAACAAGGAGCGGAUGGAGAAGCUGGAGGGAUACUGGAUGGAGGCUCAGAACUUGUGCCAGGCGGUGGAUGAGCACUUAAAAGAGACCCAGGCCCAAUACCAGACUCUGGAAAGGAAGUACAGCAAAGCCAAGCGACUUAUUAAGGAGUAUCAGCAGAAAGAAAUUGAGUUCCUCAAGAAGGAGACAGCUCAGCGUCGCAUCCAGGAGGAGUCUGAAUUGGCUCACAAGGAGGAAGUUGACAAGUUGCAAGAGAAGAUCUCUGAACUGGAGGCGAAGCUGCAGACUUUGAAAAAUUCCAACCCGACUUAAAAAAAGAGUGAGAGAGCAGAAAAAUAUAAACCAACCAGAGAAAUUAAUUCGUCUUAUUAUUAACUAUUAUUAUUAUUAUUUGCAAGGGACAUCUUUAGAAUUUUCUUCCACCCAUGCCCAGUCUUUAUUCUUCCCUCAUCCUGUGCCUCGUUCCCUUUAUUUUACUGCAGGGAAAAUACAGUAAAGCCCAACAAAGUCAGAAGAACUACUACAGCAAAAGUAGUAAAUGGCCUUGCCAUCUGUUGAGUAUGGGGGAAAGAGGCUGUGAAAGACCAGGUGGGGUGGUAAAAUUCUAGAUGGACUGCAGAGGCACGACCCACCUCUUGAUGGUGAUGAAUCAUUGUCAGUUUCUGUGUCGGUGUGCGUCUUGUGUCAACUGGAGGAACAGACCAUGGUGGGCGGGGAAGUGGUCACAUAUGUCCAAUGAUUUGUGUCUUCUGUCCCAUCUGCCUGAUGAGAAUCUUACGGAUUGGGACUGAUGCCCCACUUCUGUACGUUGACUGGUUGGCUCUUCAGUUGUGCAGGCAACAAACUGGAACAUAGAAGGACUCUGCUGGUGACAAAUAAGACUAGCCAUUUUCAUUUUGCUUCCUGAAUCUUAAUCUUUUGAGCCGGGGGGCUUGGGGUGGGUGGAGGGUGGGACAAUUGUCUGGUUUUGAGAUUGGAAGAUCUUGUCUUUAAUUUUCCAUCCUUUGGACAACUUGGAAUCCAUUAUUCUCUGUGUUUUGUGGUGGGAAAUGUUAUCUCUUUUCUAAGGAGUGAGUCAGCAGGAGGUGUGCUGGCCAUCUUUGGGACCGAAAAGAGGCUGUGGCCUCCAGAAUCCCUGCUGGCAUCUGAAAAGACACCAUGGUUGACUUUUACAUCAGGGAAGAAAUGUCAGCCUGUUUUUCUUUUCCUCGUUACAUUUUAUUCACAUUGUUUUGGAAGAUUCCUGGGAAUCUGUAUUCUGGAGCCUAACAAACUGGACUCUCCCAAGGGACUUGAGGGUUCAGACAUAACUGCUGAGAGCAAAUAUAUCAAGGCAGCUGUAGCCAGGAACUGAAGCCAGAAACUUUAGGAAAACAUGGAACUGCCAUUCUGUAUUUGCCAGAAGGAAACUCCAGAGGCCACCAGUUUGUGCUGGAUCCAUCUCACCAUGUCAGCAUCAGGGUUUGCUGGGGAAAUGGGAAUCUGGAACUAGAUGGGAACAAAAGAUGAAAACAAAGCUCUGCUGGUUAAAAGGAAAGUGCAUGAUGAAUCUUGUCUAAUUAAUUUAAUGGUAAGGGUUAUUGCUUCUUAGUCUUCAUUAAUUACAUCGCUCCCAGGUCUUGGGAUGACUGCAUAGGUCCAUUUAGUGCUGGGAUUUUGAGUUGGCAUUUCUUGUUGGCAUACGGUUGUCCAUGGCAGUGACACAGUGUCACCUGAGCUAUUGUUGCACAUGUUUACCCUGUCAGUAUCUUAAUUCCAGCACCAUUUUUCCCCCAAAAGAACAGUUAGCCUAGGCAGUAACAGCAAGAAGUCCCAAAGUGCUCUGACACUGUAGCUACUUGGGAGAUCUCAUGCCACAGCAGGUUCGAGCUACAGCAAAUGCUGGUGGUAGGUUACAAAAGCUGUCUAAGAUGCCACAGGACUUCAACUCUUUUUUUUUCCGCAACCCCUUCCCUCUGUUUAAUGAAGCGAAGCUGAAUGCUAUAGUUGUUACUCCAUGUUCCUGCAUGCUUAUGAAUCAUGAGCUAGGAAGCAAUACUCCAGAAAGCUACGUCAUUCAGAACUAAAACGUUACACCACAGAGAAGAGAUUGCAAAAGAACAUUUCCAUGGAAUAGCAGGUCCUUACAAGCACCACAAGUCUUGAAAUCUGUAUUCCAUCAAUUUUAUGGACAGUUUACAAGAUAUGCAAUGUUAGAGAGAAGUACCUAUGUUACUGGGACUAAUGGCCAGUGUUGUAUGCAGGGAUAUUGUUAAAGAGAGUAAGAAAAAAAAUACAUUGUGUAAUACAGCAAGAUGAAACUCUCAAGAAAGAUAUCCACAAAUGUUUUCUCUAUUAAUGGGGUUAGUUCACACAACAUACUAAGCCAUACUGUGGUUUGUUUGACAUUUACCAUGUGCAAAUCCAGCACAACUGAAGCUUAGUCAAUAAACUACAGUAAACAUACCAUGAUUUACAUAAUGUGUGAAACCAGACUUGUCUACCUUGUUACUUCGUUGGACAGAGUUUUUCUUGUUAGUUACUUUUACCCAUUCUUGUGCCUGGAUUUCGGCUGAACAUUGUGUCAUUUAAACAAUUUUUAAACAUGCACCAGUAAUCAAGUCCCAUAUAAGAUUUUACAUAGAAGCUAAGUUGUUGAGAGCUGAAAAGCAUAAAAGUUCCUUCCCUGUCUGGUGUUUUCCAAGUGUGUCAACUUAUAAUUCCCAUGAUUCCAAGCCAGCAUAUGAGCAUUGUAGUUCAGCACAUCUAGAAGACACCAGGUUGGCAAAGCUGCCAGAAACAACUGUUCCAGAUUUUUUUUCUUCUUGUUUUAAAGUAUAUUAUGUAAAAAAGGGGUUCAAGUGAUGCAGUUUCUCUUAUCCAACCACAGCACCACCUAUUGGGUGAUACCACACUCUCUGGUGAUGUUAAGUCUUCUGACAGUAUUUUUAUGGCAUUGCUAGCUGUACACUCAAGGUUAUUGAAUAUCUUCCAUGAGAAGUGGCAGUAGAAUUAUGUUUUGUGAAGUGGUUGCUGGAAAAGUAAUGUUUUUCCUCAAAAAGAACAAAAUUAUGCUGCUUCAAAAGCUUGGAAUUUAUUAUUUUAAAAUAGUAUUCUGUCAGGAAAAGUCUGGACUGUUAUCUUUAGAACUGUCAUCUCUAAAUUUGUGACAGGAAUGGAGAUUCCGGUUGUUCUGGUCCUCAUGUGCUCAUGCACUUUUCGCUUCGGGGAAGAAAACCCCAGGAUAUUUCCUUCAUAUAAUUUGAGAGAGGUAUUCUUUAUUUCUUUUUGAUUACUAUGGAAAAAAGAUACCAGUGAUGAUAGAGACUGGAUAUCAGGGUCUGCAUUAUAGUAGUGGGUUUAUUUUGAAGGAUGAUAACUCCUUUCAUUUAUUUUUCCAGUGCUUACCGAGAAAUUUCCAGAUCCCAUAAUGAGGAUGUGUAAUUUAUUUGUGAUAAAAAUAAUUUAUCCUUCACAAUUUGUAAUUCAAAGGUUUGGCUAUUUAUGAUGGAUGCAAAAUGUUCACAAGGUGCAUAUUCAAGAAGAUCGCUUCCCAGGGUUAGGUUAACCUUUGCAUAUUUCCGUGAUCUGUUUAAAUACCCACAUUGGUCAAACAGUGACAAACUGGUGGGUUGUUUUCAAAGUUUUAUUUAUACGUGGAAUAGGUAUUCUAUCCAUAUACCAUGAUUUGUGAAUAAGGAACUUCAGUGUGGCAAAUAUUUUGGAUUCAGUAAUCAAAAAUUAAAAGGUGAGAUGUUGUGUCCAAGACUAUUUAUCCUAGAACUGGGGAAUCGGGGGAUUUGGGAAGGGCCACCUUCCUAUCUCCUCUGCGUUGCAAUGGUCACAUUGUAAGUGUUCUCACAUAUCUAUCCUAAAGCCCACUGCUCCUGAAGCUAAAGGCAUCAUAUGUUCAUGCACAUGUAACUUGAGUAUGCAUUUUAGUACUCUGUGAAUUGCUCAAAAGUUUACUGCAAGUCUAGCUCAGCCAUUUACAGCCUGAAUCCCCUUUUUGUGUUAUAUUUGUUGCAGCACAUUUUCCAUCAACAGCUAUGGGGAUAAUGGAGUUUGUUGUCUGACACCUGAAGGAUCUAGGUUCUAGUAGGGUGGCCUUACAUGUCUAUGAUUCAGUGAUGUCAUUCAGAAUGACUCGUCCUAUACUAUGCUCUCUAUAUACAUACAAAUGGAAGAGGUUACAGAAAUAGCCACAAACAGGAGAAAUUGUGCCCUAGUCCUGAUGACAUGGGAAUUCCCAUACAUACAAAAUGAAAGCCAUGGGAAGUAGGUCUAAAGGUAACAAGGCUCUCCUCCAUCUCUAUCCUGGGUUACAACAGAUUAAGUUGAUCUGCAUCUAACAAGAUAGUGUAAGAGAUUCACAACAUGCUCUAACUGGAUGAAAGGUGGACAGGGAGAUGUAAUCUUCUGAAAAGCAGAAAAGAUUUAAAAGAAAACAUCUUAAAUUUAAUCUCACAAGUAUAAAUGUGUAUGUAUAUAAUAUAUAUAUAUGUAUGUAUGUAUGUACGUAUUGUUCCUGGUUUUGUAUUCCAAUCGUCCUACCAUCUGGUCAUAUAAAUAGCAAGUUUUUGUUUCCAACCCUGUUCAGUUUUUCGAAUGUUGCAGGGAAGGAACUUGCAUGAAUGCACUUGGCUGACAUAGCUAAAAAUGUUCUUCAAGAGAAUCCUUAUAGAAGAGCAAGGGGAAAUUUUUGUAUAGAUUAGGUGGAUAGGAUGUAACCCAUUGAUGAGGAUUCAAAUAUAAAAUCCUCUUAUCAUGGUGA